CUAUCUAGGACUUUCUCAGCUACAGCUCAACAACUUUCUCCUUCCCAAAAGAACACACUAUGGACCCCUCCGAGCAACGGACAAGGCGGCCGUCGCCACGGCGAGAGCUCCAAGGCCCCCGGCCUACCCCUCUCAAGGUUCAAAAGGACUCACACAAGAUCAAGAAGCCUCCUCUUGCACCGCCGCCUCAGCAUCGACCGCCGGUCAUAAUCUACACCGUCUCGCCCAAGGUCAUACACACCACCCCCGGCGACUUCAUGUCGCUGGUGCAACGCCUCACCGGUGCCUCCUCUUCUUCCUCUGCUGCCGCCGCCGCCGCUCCUCGGUCGCCUUCUAAUGUUAAUACUACUGGAGAAGCACUGUCCCCAGCUGCUCGUUUAGCUACAAUUGAGAAGGGAGCACACAAGUUGGAUGAGGAGAUGCAAAGGAAGAAUGGAGAAGAUGUAUUGGAUCAACUAGGAAUUGAUGGUGGCAUGACGACGAUGAACCGGCACAGUUCGUUUCCAGGUAUCUUGUCCCCGGUCCCAGCUUUUCUCCCAUCAAUAUCUCCUAACUUCUUCUCACCUUCGAUGGAAACGAAUUCCCUUAGCUUCUUGCAUGAACUCAGCCCGGUUUUCCAUGGCAGCAAAAAUUUUUUGGAGAAUACCUUCUUGACUAGUCCUAAUAAUUUCUUGACAACACCUGUUGUACCUUCUCCUGGUGCUUACUGGGACCUCUUCAACCAGUACCAGGAUUUUUAGUUUCCAUAGAUACAAGCACGGAGAGAAAGGUUAAAGAAAGAGAUUGUUGGAUGGCUAAUGGUGGGACGCGCAUGAAGACAACACUCAGAUUUUUUUUUUUUUCCCUUUUUUGGUCUCCUUGCAGUGGUGGGCCAUAUGUUAUAUAGAUACUCCAUAUCAUUGUGACAUCACAAACCAACCUAAGCUUUUUAUCUCUUUGAUGCAGGUAGGUGCAUCUGUAACGAGAAUCACAUCAUUUGAUAGCUUUUAAUUUUAGCAAUAGGUUUUCCUUUGCCGUUGCCACCAUUUGGGUAGGUUGAGAGGGUGAUCACCACAGUGUAAUUUUAUUGUAUUCUUAUUUAUUUAAUAUCAUUAUUCAUUCUUUUGCUUGA